GAACGAAAUGAAUUCAGUAUUUUCCAAAUAAAAAAGAAAACUAGAAAAAAUUUUAAUAUUUAUUUUUUGAAUUAGAAUUAUGAAACGAAAUAUUUUAAAAAGCAGCGUUCAACAUGCUUAUUUUAGCAUUAUUUUUCAGAUUCUAUGUAGAAUCAUCACGUUUGGUAUCAAUGCUUUCAUAGUACGUAGUGUAGGCCGAGAAGUUCUCGGUAUAAUGAAUGUUAGACUUCUUUUACUUGAAAGUACUCUGUUAUUUUUAUCACGUGAAGCAAUUUCGAGAGCUGUAUUAAGCGUUUCGACUCAGCAUAAGGGGAGAUGUAAUUGGCCCCAAAUUAUAAAUCAAGUUUGGUUAACCGUUCCUAUUUGCUUUAUCUUAUCCAUUCCAUGUCUAUACAUUUGGCUAGCAAUAUUAUCACCUGUUGAAGAUUCUCUUUGGGAACAAUAUAAAUUUGGAUGUUAUUCGAUGGCUAUAUCCUGUAUUGUAGAAUUAUUUGCAGAAGCCCCAGUAUUUGUAGCAAAAGUGUUUUGUUUUGUAAAAUUAAAAAUUGCAAUGGAUACUUUACAUAUAUUUAUUCGCUCAAUAGUAUUUUUGACGAUUGUCUUUCAUGACAAAGAAAUUUGUAUAUACGCUUUUGCAAUAGCACAGUUUUGUAGUGCUUCAUUUAUUGUAGUAGGAUUUUACAGUAGCAUGCAUUAUUAUAUAAAGAAUGAGCAAGCAAAUAAUUUAGACAAUGGCGAUAAAAAGCGAAGAAAUUUAUCAGAUUUUGAAAGUUUUCCAUUUAAAAAUAUUAUUGAAAUGAUACCUGGAUAUUUACCUAACGAUGAAAAGAAAUUUAAUACUGAAUUGCAGGUAUUAACAUUAAGUUUUGUAAAACAGGGUGUAUUUAAGCAGAUUUUAACGGAAGGUGAAAAAUAUGUGAUGUCAAUUAGUCCAGUACUAUCUUUUUCAGAACAAGCCACUUAUGAUGUUGUAAAUAAUUUAGGAAGUUUAGCAGCUAGAUUCAUUUUUCGUCCAAUAGAAGAUAGCAGUUACUUUUACUUUACACAAACAAUUUCAAGGGAUCUCAGCUUAAUUAGACAAGACAAGGAAAAAGUAAAUGAAACUGGAUUUGUACUUAAAACAUUAUUUAUGAUAAUUACAUCUGUUGGAAUAAUAAUAUUUGUUUUUGGACAAUAUUAUUCUGGCAUAGCACUAUAUUUAUAUGGUGGUGCUGAUUUCGUAUCUGAUGGGCUGUCAGAAAAACUUUUGCGAUGGCAUUGUUUAGCUAUUUUGUUUUUAGCUGUUAACGGAAUAAGUGAAGCAUUCAUGUUUGCCACGAAUUCUAGCAUUGAAAUUGACAAAUAUAAUGUAUAUAUGGCUGGCUUUUCAAUUGUAUUUCUUUUAUCUUCUUAUUUACUGACUAAUAUGUUGGGCCCCGUUGGAUUUAUCGUAGCUAAUUGUGCUAAUAUGUUUUGCCGCAUAUGCUAUAGCGUUAGAUAUAUUAAUAAAAAAUUUGAACCAGUAUCAAUAAGACCAUUUGAUGGAUUUUAUCCAGGAAAAAUGUUUUCAUGUUCCCUUAUUGUAGCUGUUGUAAUAUGUUUUAUGUUCCAGGUAUCUCACACAACUAAUAUUUUACUUAAUUUAUUUGUUGGAGCCUGCUGUUUCAUAAUAUGCUUAUUUAGUUGGACAUUAGAAAAUAAGACAUUAAUAAAGACGUUAUUAAAUAAAUACGCAGAGAAACGUGAACUACAAAGACGCAUGAGUAUGACUACUGAAACCAAAGAUAAUCAUCACACAAAAGUAGAAUAAAAAUUUCUUAAAUUUGUUUUUUUUUUUAAUAAACAGAAAAAAUUUGUUUUACUAUACAUCCUUUAUACAAUAUUAAUGUAAAUAGUGUUUUUCUUACCUAAAUAUGUAAAAUUAAUUUAUGAGCUUAAAUAAAUAGAAAAAGGAAUUCCAAUAAAAUCAUUAUAAAUUUUCAAACAUAA